AUGCAUUCCCCACCGGACGUCCGGCACGUCCAUGAAGUCUUGCAAGACUACAAUCUCCUCAAUAUCGCAUUGUUGCAAGACAAGAACCGACUCGAUCUUCCUCGAGCGAAGGCAUGGCGUAUGAAUCUAUGCGCUGCUAGUGAAGAGGAGCCGGGCCUGUUUUUCGUUGCCAUGGAUUAUUCUGUGCUGGUAUACAGGAUCGAUCAUUUCUCAGGAAGCUUUGGAAGACCCAUCAAACAGCUGAUUUGUCAUGGUGAUGAUCUGGAUGAGUUGAAUUCCAUCAAUCAGCUUAAGGUGUCACGUAUAUUUGAACAUGAGGCACUUGUUACAGUCAACAACUCAGGUGAAGUUUGGAUAUGGAGAACCGAUCAAUUGGAUAGAGACCCAAUCAUCCUAAACAAUGAUCAUUCAUCUACAUGGGGACUCGCUAUCCAUAGCGAUCAAGGGCUUAUUGGUGUAUCGGCCAACAAUUGGAGAGUGACAGUAUUCAAUAUGCACAACAUUACAGCAUCCAAUCGCAUGUUUGGCAAACGACGAUCGAACAUUCGACCUGUUAUUGACGACGACAAAGACCGUAUUCAUUUGAUUGGACACACCCACAAUGUUCCAUGCGUUGAUUUCAACCGCACCGGCCGUUUCAUUGCAAGCUGCUCUAUUGAUCAAACAUGCCGGAUAUGGGAUAUCAAAACAGCACAACAAGUAUCUGAACGUCAAAUCAUGAUCAGCAGACGUGAUAGUGAUUCAUGGUGUUGGUCUGUAAAAUUUGUUACUGUGGCGGAUUUCAAGGACACUGUAUGCAUGGAUGAUCGGCUUUGUGAGAACAUUAGUCGAAGGAUGGCCAAUGGUCGCUCUACUUCGUUGUCAAGCUUACAUCUUCGGCCUUCAGCACCAUUACCAGUAUAUCGUGUCAAUUUACCGGGCCUUGGACAAGCCGACGUUACUGUGGGCAUCACCGAUUCAGAAGAAAGCUAUGACGAGGAUUACUACGAGGAUGGUGUCACCGAUGAAGAUUUGAUGCAUUAUAGUGAUGAAGAAUCGUUUGCACCUGCCGCUAUGUUGCGUCAACUUGAGCUCAGUGAUGAAUGGCGACAACAGCGUAAUAUGGCAUUACAGAGGUGGAAUAAUGGGGAGCCCGCCGAAUUGGAUGAAGAAGAGGAUGAUGAUUCAGUUGCUGAAGGGCCAACGGAGGAUGAGGAUGAAGAGGAUGAUCAACAAGAUGGUGAUGAAAAUAGCCCUAUCACAACAACCACUCCAGCACUUGCAGAGACUGAAAUUGAGAAUGAGCAACACGACGAUGAAUUAUCACAACAACAUCAUGAAGAUGAUGACGACGAUGUGACAAUGACAUUGCCCGAGGAUUUGCCUGCUAGCACCACAUGGGAUCCACAUAGCGAUUACGACUCUGAUUGGUUCGAAGAAGAUGAUGGUGAUGACAACGUGAUAUUUAUGCUUCCGGGUGCCAAUGGUGGUCAUCGGUUAUUGUCGCCUGCCGAACAUCGUAUUCUACGUGAUCGAUUAAUAGCUGAACGAGGUCCUUUCAAUAUACGCACUACACCUAAUGUACAACCUAUUCCAGUAUCAACCAAAGGAGGAUGGAGUGACAAUAGCGAGGAUGAGGAUGAGAAUAACGAUCAACAAUCCCAGACCACGCAUGAUGCUCUUGAAGAAAGUGAAGAGGAGGAUAAAGGGGAUCAGCAAAGCAAAGCCCAAGGGAAAAAGAGAAGGAUUCUUGCACACACGAUGCGUUCAUCCAAUGUUGCCUUUCAUCGGAAAAAGCGGCGAUCCUAUGAGCGGCUCAUGUUGACGACUCCCAAAGAUUUAUUCAUGCUCAAGACCAGCAAAGGAAGAAUGAUGACUGAGAGAAUGGAACGUAACGUUAUCAGCAGUGUGGAUGUACGAUCCGAUCGUCUUUUAGUAGCCAUGGAUCGGCUCAACAUGGUGCAGUGGAUACCCAGCCUGGAACUUUAUAUCGCUGCUAGUCAAAAAGGAACCGUUGCCCUCUUACGUAUAUUGCAAGUCAAGUUAGCGGAUGGACAACACACACCGAUCUUCAAUCAUGAACGCUAUUUACCUGAUCAUGACAUGCAAAGAAGACCUCUUUAUGGCAUGUCUUGUUGCAAAAUCAGUGCUGAUGGCGAUAGCUUCCCUGUACAAAACGACGAACUUUUCGCAGACCCGAUCCUAGUCUAA